ACCCCCUCGUUUUGGAAAAUAACGAACCCCACCACCAUUCCCUCUUCCUCUAUCCGAACUUUUCAUAUCUCUUUUUCAUUGCAAAUCCGGCGAGGCACAACUACGAACCCCGCAGCACGAGCCCACUCUGGACAUCGGUAGACGUCCGGCGGCUGCACGAGCUCCAGCGGCGGCGGCGGACCCGACGGUGCCGCAGCAGAAUUCCAGCAACCCAACCUCCGACGACCAGUGAACAUAAAUCCAUAGGUGAGUAAAACAAUGCAAAGCAUUAGCCAAUCCUGUUCUUAAAAAUGGGAGGGAAAACGGAGGCCCAAGUGGAUAACGUUCUUCUGAAAAACUGAAAGCAAGCUUUUGAUCGGUAGAAAUUCCCCUCUAAAAUGGCGAACUUUGUGUCCCUCCAUCAGCCAACCCACUGCUUCAUCUCCUGCCCGCAGGUGAAGAAUUUUUGGCCUUCUUCGUCACCACGAUUCAGUAACAGUUCUUCCACUUCCACUAAAAGCAGACUGCGGCCGAUUAAAGCUGCAACCGAAAUGCCUGCAUUUCCUCUUCUACAGUCACCAAAAGCAGACGAAUCUACCUCUGAGUUGGAACCAGCAGACCCCGACUUCUAUAAGAUAGGAUAUGUCAGAAGCAUGCGAGCUUAUGGAAUUGAAUUCAAAGAAGGACCGGAUGGAUUUGGAGUAUACGCUUCCAAAGAUGUUGAACCUCUUCGCCGUGCUAGGGUUAUUAUGGAAAUUCCUUUAGAACUAAUGUUAACCAUAAGCCAGAAACUCCCGUGGAUGUUUUUCCCUGAUAUAGUUCCAGUGGGUCAUCCAAUAUUUGAUAUAAUUAACUCAACAAAUCCAGAGACAGAUUGGGAUUUAAGGUUAGCGUGUCUUCUUUUAUAUGCAUUUGAUCGAGAGGACAACUUUUGGCAGCUCUAUGGUGAUUUCUUACCAAGUAUUGAUGAAUGUACAAGCUUGCUUCUAGCUUCAGAGGAAGAACUUUUGGAGCUGCAGGAUGAAAAUCUUGCCUCAACCAUUAGAGACCAGCAGCGUCGUGCUCUGGACUUCUGGGAAAGGAACUGGCACAGUGGUGUACCCCUUAAAAUUAAGCGCCUUGCUCGAGAUCCUAAAAGAUUCAUUUGGGCUUUGAGUAUAGCACAAUCACGAUGCAUCAACAUGCAAACAAGGAUCGGAGCUCUAGUACAAGAUGCAAAUAUGCUAAUUCCUUAUGCUGACAUGCUGAACCAUUCUUUUCGGCCAAAUUGUUUUUUCCACUGGCGGUUUAAGGAUCGGAUGCUUGAGGUGAUGAUUAAUGCUGGGCAGCAGAUCAAAAAAGGGCAAGAGAUGACAGUCAAUUACAUGAAUGGGCAAAAGAACAACAUGUUUCUGCAGAGAUAUGGCUUUUCAUCUCCAGUGAAUCCUUGGGAUAUGAUCGAGUUCUCCGGUAAUUCACGGAUUCACCUGGACUCAUUCUUAUCAGUUUUCAAUAUAGCUGGCCUUCCUGAAGAAUACUACUAUAAUGCAGGUCGGUUAUCGAACAAGGAGGAUAAUUUUGUUGACGGAGCGGUGAUUGCAGCGGCAAGAUCUCUGCCUUCAUGGUCAGAUGGGGAUAUCCCGCCAAGCCCAAGCAGGGAGAGGAAAGCGGUAAAAGAGUUACAAGAAGAGUGCCAACAGAUGCUCGCUGCAUUUCCUACCACAUCAGAACAGGACCAAAAAAUGCUAGAUUCUAUAUCACAACCUACAAGGACGCUAGAAGCCUCAAUCAAGUACAGAUUGCAUAGGAAGUUGUACAUAGAGAAAGUCAUCGAGGCAUUGGAUGUUUAUCAAGAGCGGAUACUCUUCUAGUUUUGAAAUCUUCUGCUGCAAUUUGAUCUUUUAGGUGAUAUUAUUGGUGGCUGCAUGUAGCUAUAUAAAUUUCAGUGAUCUUACAAGUCAUCACGGGAUCGGAAUGUUUUAAAGUUUUUUUUUAAUAGAAAGUAGAAAUUCUAGUUGCUCAUUCGGUAUUGGUCAUUUCUUGUUGCAUGCGUUAAAUAUGUUAAUCUCACUAAUGUAUGAAGAAGUCUAUUUUUCUCUCUUAAACAUCCUGGUGACUGAGGCACGAUUUGUUACUAUUGGAUUUGUCACUAUUGGACAUAUUGGACAAA